GUGCUGUCCAUUGGAAUACUAUCCACCAGACCACAUCAACGAUCUUUCAAUCCCAAAGCAUCAGACUUCUUCAAUCAAAAUAAUAAAAUCGAAAGCCGAGAAACCGCUACGCAUCUAGUAACGAUUUACAUCCCCAGAGAUCCACAGUCGACUUGCCUACCUCCGCUAUUCCGGACCUUGAGUUGCUGGCUGUUGGAACGCGCAUAAGGCCAACGAGGAACCCCGGCCGCCCUUUUACCUCCGAACCCAUUUGAACCACACCGCAUCCCCCACUCACAUCCAUAUCCGGAACCGACAAGAUGGCAGAGCGGCAACUACAGCAGAUCUUGACGCAGCUCAAGUCGCAACAGCUCGCCUACGCGGACGCAGCCAAGCUCCUCUCGAAAGCGAAGCUCCUCCUCCUGCAGCUCGGCGCACUUACACCCAAGACCACGACGACGACAUCAAGCUCAACAAGCAGCGGCAAGGGCAAGAGCAGCAGCAGCGGCGGUGCAUCACCAUCGGCGGCACAGCUCGCCCUGGCCCGGGAGACGUACGAACAGGGAGCGCUGUACUCGAUCCGGGCCAAGAACGCCGACGGCUUCACGCGCUACGUACAGCAGCUCUCGCCGCUGUACGAGCUCCCCGCCAACGUGCUGCCCCCUAACCUGCCCGAGCGCAACAAGGUCACGGGCCUGUACCUGCUGCUGCUCCUCACCCAGGGACGCUACGCCGAGUUCCACUCGGAGCUCGAGGCCCUGUCCACCCGCGAGGGCGGUGGCGGCAGCGUCGACGUCGAGGGUGACCGCUACCUUGGCUACCCCAUCCGGCUCGAGAGGUGGCUGAUGGAGGGCAGCUACGACCGCGUCUGGAAGGCUAUGAAGAAGGGCGAGGUGCCCUGCGAGGAGUAUGGUGUCUUUUCAGAGAUCCUGACCAUUCAAAUACGGGCCGAGAUCGCCUCAAGCAGCGAGCGUGCCUACCCGUCUCUGCCUAUCUCCUCCACCAAGUCUCUUCUGUUCCUGGAGUCAGAGGGUGCCGUUGUAGAGUUCGCCAAGCGUCGCGGCUGGACUGUCCGCGACGGCCACAUUUACUUCCCCACCGCCGGUGCCGAGGAUGGUGAGCCCGAGAAGCCCGUAAGCCUGUCGUUCAUCGAGAACACCCUUGGUUACGCCCGUGAGCUGGAGACUAUCGUCUAGAGCUGGGGCGCGCGGCAGUGAUUUGGAAGGUGUGAGGGGGUAUGUGAGAGGUGACUGGGCCUUGGAUGGCGUAUAGCAACGCUGGGUUGGAAUCCACGGACGCAAGUCCCAGCGGGACAGGCUGGUUUCGAAGCUUGCUAGUCAGGUGCGCGGGGGAAGAGUUCAAGUUGGGGCAGUCGGACUUUUAGAGCCUUUGUAUUCCGAAGUGUAAUAAAGUAACAUAGACUCAAGACGCCCCUACGGCCCACCUACGUUCAUCCACGAGCGGCUCACGUGCAAAUAUGUCAAAAUGGCAUGUAAACAUUUUCUCUAACAUCUCCGACAACUGAUCACGCUAAGACAACUAGGAAAAAGAUAAAAUAAAGAAAAGAGA